UUCUAUUUGUCAUUUUUGGGGGGAGGGGGAAGAAUGAAAGAGGUCUUUCAAUAAGGUGGAAGAAAUGAUGAACGGUUCCUUAUAUAUUUCGUUCUUCCAAGGUCAGCUUGAGUCUACAAUGGAGCAAGUCGUGCAGCUUGCUGUCCAGGAGAUUACCAAAACCGUCGGAGCGAACUUAAAUUCCCUGUUGUUAGAAACGACCGCCAAGGACCAGGAAAACCAGCGGUUAAGGUUAAGGCUCCAGUCGAGUAAGUUUGACUCUGGGGAGGCUGGAAAUGCUUGUGCUCACGGUGAAGGUAUGGAGGAGGACCCGACGAGCGAAGAUAUAAAGAUUCCGGUACACGCCGCCAAUCUAAGCUCUCAACUCGCCAUGCACAUCAGCAGUUACAGACUGGAGCAGAGAGGGCAGGCUGUCGAUCAAUUGAAGGCUGUGAUGGAACAGGUACUGAAAUUUGCAGUUUUGGAGUUAACGAAGAUUGUAGAAGCCAGCUUUGAUGACCUGCUUUUGGAACUGGUGAAAAAGGAGAAGGAAAGCAAAAUUCUGAAGCAAAGUUUGGUAGAGGGUGAUCAGAUUUCAAGGCAAGAUUGCAAUAUAGAUCUUAAAUCCCCAGAAAACCGUUCAAGAUGCCCCAGCAGUUCAGAUAAAGGUGACCAGGAUAAAGAGUCAUCUCAGGACCCACCAAGUAGUAAAAACUGUGGAGCCAAUGUGGAGCACAGUGAGAAACCAAUGAGUGUGGAAACAGUGACAGGGAAACAGACUGUCCUUUCUGUAGCUCAAGACUGGGUACCCAUUCUGGACAAGGUCUUUGGCCAAAAGUGGUGCAGCGACUUGUGGCAGAACAAAGAGCUCGAAGGUGUGGAACACGUGGUUGCAAGCAAGACAGGCGCUACAUCCAUAGCCAGCCCAGAUGGUGUCAUCCCAGAGAAGAAGGACGCCCUCUUCACCAGCCCGCAAGAAACCACUUCAGGAAGUUCCUUCAUGUAUGUGCAUCCAUCUGUUGGCGGAGAUCACAGCCCCUGCCCAUCUGGUGAUGACCUCCAGCUCAAAUCUCCCUCCAUACUGCACAGACUCCUGACGAUUCCAUCGCAAGGGCUCAAUGAGCUUCUCUGCUCUAACCAUGACAUUCCUGUCGAGCCGUUACCCAUGUCGUCUGGUGCGUCGCCAGACACACACGAGCAUCAGAGGGAGCCACAAGUCCUUAAUGCAGAUCAGUUACUGCCUCCUGGGGAAGAGGAAGCAGAUGAAAAGGAGUUUGUGGAGGCCAAAGCCCCAGUGGGGAGAAAGAACUACACCUGCAAGCAGUGUGGAAGGAAAUUCAGCCGGCAGCCCCUGCUGAAAGUCCACCAGCAGACACACAGCACCAGUUCUCUGGUGCGCUGUUCGCUGUGUGGGAAGCGCUUUUCCCAUCCCGAGCGUCUGCAGGCACAUCUCCGGACUCACAAUACCACAAGAACUUGAGCAGUUACAUGACAUCUUCAUUUAUCAUCUGACACCUGUGCCUCUUACAUACAGCUCUUUACUCCAUUUAGUUUGCUAAAUGAAGGAAGCCGUUGGUCUGGCAUUUCAGUACAUGUCAUCUGUAGUCUGCAUUCAAGGUAACAGAAGAAAGAUGACACCAAAUGGAACUUUAGCUAGAAAUGGACAAUGGUUUACAAUAAGUUGUCUUAGUCAUGCAGGUGAACAUCAUACAAUAAACUACUGAUCUCUGAUAGCAAGGUAGUCAUAGUUUUUAACCAGUGACAGCACUGAUCAUGAGGUAAUAUAGAUUGACAAAGAUUAAGUGUUCUGAAAUUCAAAUGACCUUUUCAUAUGCUAAAAAUAUGUUCAAUCUAUGUGAACUAAGCAUCAUGGUUAAAAUGCAACAUAAUCAAAAGAAACCCAUCUUACCAUUAUAAAGAUUUUUGAUAGUGCAGAUCUGGUAUCAUGCAUUUCACAAUAUGAAAAGGGAAACAUCCAAAUGCCUCUUCAAUGCAGUUUUUUAUUACCUUGGCAAAAAAGUCAAAUGUAUUAAAUCUUAAAUUAAUCUGCUUUGGAGGAGAUUACAGACAACCCAAAAGAAACCGACAUGCAGGUGUGACGAUAAUUUGAUACAUCUUCUCUCCUGCAGUCUUAUCCUUGUUUUCAGCCCAUUUGCAGAGCUUAGUAAAGUGUGAAUAUGUGGUUGACCUAUUUCCAGUAGAAAUGCACGUUGUUUUAAUGCAGAAAUUUUUAAAAAUAAGGAACUUCUGAUGCUUGAAUAUGUUUCCCAGUUUAGGAAAAAGAAAAUACUUAUUGUAAACCAGAAACGGGUAAAAGUAUGGGUGAAUUACUGCACAGCAAUGCAACAUUCGCUUCCAGCGAGCCUACCAAGCGCCCCUCUUUUCUGCAAUGUGCAUAUUCACAAAAAAGUAGAAAAGAAAUUCAGGAAUUGGCAUAUAAUGUUCAUUAUUUUCUUUUUAUAUUCUAUUGUGGAUUUUGCUUUAAUCCUGUUGAAAUGUUUACUUGUCUGUUUACAUUUUUAAAGGAUAAAAAUGUAAUUUACCCUCAGCAAUAAGGAUGGUUGAAUAUAACCCCCUGGCAUUUUACAUUUUUAUAUUAUUGGCCAUCGCUUGAAUAUCAACUGUUUGUCGGCUCCAUAACUAGUAAAAAAUCAGUCAUAGGUUGCCACAAAGCUCAACAUGGAAAAGGUAAAUAACUGGCUUUAUCAGUGCAUUAUGCCGUAUGUCCUCCUCACCAACACUAGAGACAUUCCAUUUUAAAAUCUUUUUUUUCCGAGUUUUAUUUCCAUAUACAUAGUUUCAUAUAGCCAGUGUUUAUCAGUAUAAGAAUAAUGGGGCAGUAUGGACCAGUACUCAAAUAUACAUUGACUGACACUGUAGCUUCCUUGGAACAAAACUCAGCUGAUAGAGUUGCUACUACCUAUAUUUAUUAUUUUAUUACUUACAUAUGUACCUCUCAUUUUUAAAAAGAUUCCAUUCAUCUGUUCAGAGGCACAGAACUCAUGAGGCACAACGCAGAGGAGACCUUGGGUGGGGCAUCUAUCCAUCACAGGGUGGGACAUCUAUCCAUCACAGGGUGGGACAUCUAUCCAUCACAGGGUGGGACAUCGAUCCAUCACAGGGUGGGACAUCGAUCCAUCACAGGGUGCUCAUACACAGUUUUUGAACAGUUUAAGUAAACCCACACCGGCAUAUGGAGAACCAGAGGCAGGACUUAAACCCUGAUAUUAUUUGUAAUAUCUGUUUGCAGAAUGAGUAUAUUACAAUUUUAAGUACUUAUUUCCUUCAGAAUAUUGAGGAGUCCCACGCUGGGUAUGAAAUGCGGUGAUAAGGCUAUCUUUGUAUCCUUCAUCUACUGAGUGCAAAGGUGAAAUUCAAAUUGUAUAUAUCAUGCUAACAAUGCGAACUGUUUUUUGUAAAUGAAUUUCCAAACAUUUUAAUGACCUCUUAAUUUUACAGUAAUUCAGGAUGGAAUAUAAUCAUCUUUUUUCCCUUAUAUUUAUCUGUUGGAGUUAUUUUUGUCUUCAAAUGUAUAGUAUAUUACAACUCCAAAUACUUUUUUGACCAGUAAACCUCAACCUGUAUACUUCACGUUUUAUUCUACUAAUAAAAUAAAAUACUGAAUAGCUAUUCUACCAUGUUUUGUUGUUGCUGCUGUAAAGGUAUUUUUAAAAUCAAACAUGUACAUUAGUCUACUUAGUGAUAGGUUGGUGUUAUUUUGAAUAUAGUAUUUCUCUGAAUGGUUACUAGCACACACAAUACAAUAUACAAAGUGUAGAUGUGUUUAAUUCAAAUCUGAUUGACACAAAUGUCAUUUUAUUAAUCAUUUUUGAGUAAAAUGAACUAUUUUGAGCCAUUUUAUAAAUGUUUCAUUUCCCAGUUUUUCGUCAUAUUCCAUAAGACCACAUUACUAACAUCAGAUUUGAACAGAUUUUCACCUAAUUUGAGCAGUUUCUUACUUUUUUUUCUCAUAAAAAUAGCCCAGUUAAUACACCAAUAUCACUUUCCAUUCACUGUAUUUGCUCAAGUUAACAUCGUUAUUUUUAGUGAUUCGCUCAGGGUUUAUUUCAGUGUGUACUGUACCAAACAGAACUAAGACACGUCCAGGUAAAGAAAUGAAAUAUGUGAUGUUUAAAAUAUUUGUGCAAUGAUGUGAGACUCAUGCAUUUAAAAAAAAAAAUUAGGUUAUUGUAAAACAAUAAGCCUUGAGUUGUCUAUUGCAAGGACUUGUUUUGACGUUUGUUAAACAAUUUUAUAUAUUAAUGCAUGUUUUUUGUUUAAUGCGUACACUAACAGGUUGCUUCCAAUGAAAUGCUGGCUUAAAAAGUAUGUCACAUCCAGGGAAAAGUCAUUCUGAAUGAAGGGACAACAUUUUGCCAGGUAUUGGAAUUGCCAGAUGUUCUGAUACUGUUAUUGAAGCACUCAGUUUAUAGAAUUCUUUACAUAAUAAUUGAUAAAUAUUCCCUUUCCGCUUAGGUUUGUUUGCUAAUCAAUGACAAGACGUUUUGCAGGGUGUUUGCAGUCAGUAGAUUGCAGAGAGACUACAGAUGCAGUAAAGGAGAUGGGGGUAAUUGAUGCUCAUAUUUUUGGGCAGGGACUGGAGGGAACAUGCUGGUUACCUAGGAGGGCUCCAGCUAAAACUCAGAGGAAAUGUAGACCUGAUUUCGUGCUUCAGUCCUUUUUACUAGUUGUAAUGAUUUCUUUUCUGCUGAAGAGUAGCCCAGAGAACGGUGUGCUUUUUUCUCAUAUAUGGAACUUCUAUUGAACUCAUUUUUUAAACUGAUUUGUAUUUACUGAUGUAUUUUAUUGAAUAAUUUAAUUUCUAUGCUUCUGCAUUUUUGUACAAUUUGUUAAACCAAUAAAGGCGCCUCCUGUUAA